AUGGCUAAGUCUAAGAACCAUACGAAUCAUAACCAAAAUCGCAAAGCUCAUCGAAAUGGUAUCAAAAAACCUAAGAAGUUCAGGCAUGAAUCUACCCUUGGGAUGGACCCCAAAUUCUUGAGGAAUCAACGGUUUUGCAAAAAGGGGAACCUGAAACCUGCCAAACAGCUUGCACGUGCUGCCGAGAAAAAAGCAGCUCGGGAAGCUAAGACUAAAAAAUGA